GAAAAAUGCCGUGUUUUAUGUUGGAAUGCGCAUCUUCGCUCAGCAGUUCAUGCAGCAUGGAUGCGCAGCAAGUCCGAGUAGUUCUUUUAAAUAUAGUCGCCUGGAUAUUGCUGUUUGUCGCCUUUAUUAGGCCACCACCUCAACAAAAUCUGUCUCCCUUACAACAUCGUCUUUUUGAGAAUUUUCACGGGGAAAUAUUUCGUGGUAGAGAUGUGUUUUCUCUUAUAUCAAGGCAAGCGCACCUCUUCUGGCGGAACACUGCCGAAACUCCUGUGUCGUUUCUCAAACUUGCGAACGAUAUCCUCCCAACCUUGCAGAACUUAAGAUUAGACGGGCAACCCCGUGUACGCCAGAGGAGACUGAAAAUAAACGUAGUUAACCAAGUUCUGCUUGUGAUGAUGUGGUUACGUAAAUAUUCUUAUAUAGACACUUUAGCACUGUGGUUUGAUAUAGACCCUACGUCCGUUAUCCGCAUUAUUUACAGGACGUUACCAGUAAUGUGGAGAUAUUUUCAAAAUCAAAUCACCUGGCCGAACCUCGCGGAGUGGAGAAAUCUAAUGGGCAGCUGGCCAGAGUUACCAAAUGCCGUCGGUGCUAUAGAUGCAACCCCGCAUGAGAUUUAUUGCCCUCUGGCGGAGCCACAGCGACCAUUUUACAGUGGCCAUAGGCACUAUCACUGCCUAAACACUCAAUUGGUAAUGGAUAAUGAGAGCCAUAUUCGGUUUCUUCAGGCUGGCUUCUUGGGUAGCACACAUGAUGCGACUGCUUAUAGGCUAAUGCAGCCUAUAGGGCCCGGUUUAGUCCUAGAUUAACCGCCAGGUGUUAAACUGUUGGGCGACAGAGGUUAUCCUGAUGGAGGAGCUCUACUAACACCUGUUCGUGCAGGUCAGAUGCCUCUGUUAAACCAAAGAGGGAGGAGACGUGCCAGAAAGUUCAACCGAGCUCUAUCGAAAAGAAGAGUCAAAAUAGAGCAUGUGUUUAAAGAGAUAAAAACUUUUAAAGCUGUAUCUCAGAUAUGGAGACACCCACGUUGGUUGCUGCAUAUCUGUGUUGAAUUAACAAUAUUUUUGGCUGAAAGACGCAUACGGUUGUUCCAAAGACUGCACUGAGAACUACCCAUAUCCUCUGCACGGUAAAAGUGAAACAAAAGUGUUGAUGAUAGUGAAAGGAAACUUGAAUCGUUGCAGCAAACUUUGGUCUACUCAACAAGCACGUAGUUUAAAACGGAUUGACUUUAAUUUGCUUAGUAAAUGUUUGAAGGACAAACAACGCCUGUUAUGUUUCUAUUGUACUGAGCUGAAGUUCGGCACAGAGAUCGUGUUCAUUUGAAAAUAUCUAAAGAGAUUAUUUAACAAAUCGAUAAUUAAAACACUUAUUUGGUUAGCAUACAUUUAUAUGAUGUUUGGGGUUUGGAAUGGUUAAGUUUUGUGGGAGUGUUUGCAAGGAUAUAUUUCGUUGGAAAACAGCUCAUUUGAAUAUUAGCAAAAUUCAUUAGCAUGUAAAAGUGCGAUAUACGAAUUCGCUCUAUUGUGAAUGUUAUGAUGAAUACCCUAGAGAAUUGUAAUAUGCAAAUAGAGUAUAUAUAAAGGGAAGCGUGGUCCCUCUGUGCCACUUCAUUCAAAUUAACGGGAAGAGUACAGACGGCUUUGAUUUAAUUACCGAUCCUGCUUGCUCGCCCAUUUCUUGGAAGUUCAAGAUCAGGUUCCUCUUCGGUUGCCGCCAGGAGAUGUAAGACAGGCAGUUCUUCCUGUUGCUGAUCCGGGGAGAGAAUUUCCUAAUGUUGGUCAAAAUGAGCCAGGGCAGAACGCUCCACAAACUGCUCAAGAGGUGAACGAUAGUAAUCUCAUUCCUCUUGUGAGCAAGUUCUGGUCUAGUUAGAUUCUUGUUGAAAGGCCAUCUUGUUAUUUUAUUCUUCGGAGUUCAGAAGUUUCAGAACUUGGUGUUUUCCCUAUCGUUUAGU